AUGACUCUCAAAUAUCUCGUCACGGGUGCUUCUGGAGGGCUGGGAUCACAAGUGCUAUCAUAUCUAGUCGCCAACGUCCCCGCCUCCGAGUACGCCGCAGCGUCUUCAAAUGAAGCGAAUCGCAAACGAUUUGAGGACCAAGGGAUCGCCUUUCGACUUGCAGACUACAGUGACCCAGCAAGCCUAGAGGCGGCAUUUGAAGAUGUCGAAAACCUACUGUUUGUGAGCACCAACACGUUUGACGUUGCGAAGCGAGAGAAGCAACAUCAGAACUUUGUCGAUGCGGCCAAGAAGAUGAAUGUCAAACAUGUUUGGUACACAUCAUUGGCCUUUGGUGGCUUCGGGUCUUCCGACGCCGACGUGCAAAAGGCCCAUCUGCUGACUGAAGAGAUGAUGCGCAAGUCCGGUAUUAACUACACCUCGAUCCGGGAGGGUCUUUACGUUGAGGCAUUUCCCGUCUUUAUGAACUGGUACCCUAGCACCUCUGUGAUGUAUCUUCACUCCGAUGGCCCGGUCGCUUUCACUCGACGCGCCGAGCUAGGCGAGGCCACUGCCCGAUUGAUGAUCCGAGGUGGCCAUGACAAGGAAAUCGUCCUUCUUACCGCCCAGCAGACCAUCACCUUCUCCGAGAUUAUCGACGUCAUCAAUGAGACUACAGGGCGCAACAUCCAGGUCAAAUUUGUAUCCCCGGAGGAGUUUGUGCGUGUGAAGGCGACCGACGACGAAGGUGGGAAAUCUGAGGCUUUCUUCCAAAAACUCCUGUCAUGGCAUGAUGCGAUCAGCAAGGGCGAGACCGGGACAACAGACCCAUUGAUGGCGGACUUGCUGGGGAGAGAGCCGACACCACCUCGGGAGGCUAUCCGACAGUUGCUGCAGGAGAAUCGUGACUAUGAGUGGCACCAGAACUAUGUGAAUCGGCGUUAA